AAGCAAGUGCAGCAUACCUGACGACAGACCAUUUCCCGCCCGGUGCGUAUUCACUCUAUGUAUAUCGGAGUGUGUAAACGCAGAAAGGGAACAUCUUGGACAUGAUCUAUCUGGUAUCUAUCGCUGCGGCAUUCCUUUGCAUUUAUCUGGUGAAGUUAGUCCUGAGGAGAGACCCCGAACCGCUGAACGGCCACUACGCCGUCCCGGGUCGCUUUUACACGCUGAAGAAACUGUUGUUUCUGUGCCUUUACCAUUGUCGCCUGCUCCGAGCCAGGAGCCAUGCAACCUCGUCGGCUGACCAGGAGCGACGGAAGAUGGGACUGGGAAGUCUCAAAGUGGACAUCCCGAAGGAGAAGAUCGUUGGUGGAGGACUUGCUAAAAGUUCUCGGUCGUCUGAUGAAGAAAUGGAAAGCGUUCAGGAGUUAAUAAAGGAUCCCAAUGCUAUCGACUCUGUUUACUUUAUGGGAUUCACGCAAACGGAUGAAACCUUCGUCAUUGUCCGUGUUUGCCGGAAACAAAAUGGCUUGUGUGAAAUGUGGGUGCUGCUUCGUGUUGAUGGAAUUGGAUGUUUCCAGCAUCCCGUCCAUCCAGAAACAAACUAUUCCUUGGACAAUACGAACACAUGGAGUGGAGGUGGUUUAAAAUUGGAAUGUCUGGAGCCAUAUCGGAGAUGGAGAAUAUUUUUCAAUGGACUUCUAAGAAAGGGACCAUACAGGGACAAAUGGACAGAGGAAGAAGGCGAGCUCCUGCAUGUCAAGAUGGCUUUUAUAUGGACCUCAUUUUCCACCGUCUUUAAUUUUGACACUGAUAUUCACCCAAGUGCCAUCGCUGAGAGUAUUGCCAAAGAAAAAUGGAGUUCAAAGUUCUUUACAGACCUACAAAAGUACAACGAUCACCAGACUCACUAUGAGCAGUGGGGUCAAUUUGUUGGAGAAAUUGAAAUUGAGGGAUAUGAAAGAAAGGAACUUCUUCUCCGUGGGCUCAGGGACCACUCUUAUGGUGUCAGGAAUUGGGCAGAUAUGUAUCGGUAUGUUUUGAUUCUUGCACAUUUUGAGAAUGGAUUAUCGGUGAAUUUAUUGGCACUAUCCAUUUCUGCAACCACCACAAAUAUGAAAAUCGGCUUUGUGAUGUUUCCUGAUGGGAGAAAGGCAGGCAUUGACUGGUCAGAUAUCACUUUGGCGGACAUGGCUGAUGAUAAAGUCAUUGGUGAUCUGUAUAGGGUCAGCUUUACAGCAGCGAACCAGCUGUUUAACCUGCAAGUGUCCAUUGAUAAAAGUGCUUCCGCUGUGAUGUAUGGGGGACUAAAAUGGGAAAGUCAAAUCCAUGAGUGUGUGGCUACCUACCGUUUGGACUUAACUGUUCGUGGCUGGGGGAUAAUUGAGUUUCACUAUAGGAAUGAAAGUGGGCGACAGGCCCCAGACACAGUAGCAGCUGAAAGGCCCCAGGAACCCAAGGUGCCGAACUGGUCGAGGCUAGUGUUGCCAUUGUCUGAUGAGGCGUGCCAAUGCACUGCAUUAGUGGGUGGCAAAGGAGCUCAGCUGGCACAGCUGACAGAAAUGUGCAAACACUUUGGAAUGCAGUUUACUGUACCUGCAGGUCUCUGCAUCCCUACUACAGCCCUAGAACACCACAUGAAAAUGAAUAGUCAUCUCCAGCAAGCCGUGGAGGAAAUCAGUGAUGUGGCAUGCACUCGCAAAACUGGAAAUCUUUGUGAACUGUGCGUAAGAUGCGUGGAAUUGUUUAGACAAACUAGACUUACUCCAGAGAUAGAAAGUGCCAUCCAUGAUCAGCUAACUGAGUUGAACUUGCUGGGAACAGGAGACAGAUUAGCCGUCAGAUCUAGUGCAAUUGGGGAGGACACAGAGGAUUCCUCUGCUGCUGGACAACUCAGCACCGAACUGGGAUUGAAAGACUUUGAACAGGUGUGUGAUGCUGUGCGAAAAUGCUGGGCCUCUCUCUACUCUUUCCAAGCCGUGCAAUAUCGCAGGCAGAGAGGACAACCAGUGCCGUCUAACAUGGGUGUGGUCAUCCAGCAGAUGGUAGAAGCCCAGACAGCAGGUGUGUUGUUUACGUGCGAUCCCGUGACGGGACAUUUGGGCAGAAUGGUAAUCAAUGCAAACUAUGGUCUAGGCGAGUCUGUGGUGCAUGGCAACGUUGAGCCUGACACCAUCACCCUUUCGUGCAAUUUGAAAGGCCAGUGUCACAUCCUCAAAAAGGAAGUGGGAACAAAGCAGAUGUUUGUCCGGCAAGCAGAUGAAGGUGGAGUUAUGGUUGAAUACACUCUAGUUUCAGAUGCUUCAAAAUGCUGCCUGGCAGAGAAUAUGAUUCUAAGAUUAGGACAAGUGGCCUUUCAGGUGCAAAAAAUGUACAGAACCCCGAGAGAUAUUGAGUGGGCAAUAAAAGGAGCACGCAUUUAUUUAUUGCAGGCGAGACCAAUAACGACAUUUGACACUGUGUCAGAGUUUGAGUUGAUGCACGAGUUUGAUUCAGCCUUGGCUACGGACUAUGAAUGGAUGACUACUUCAAAUAUAGGUGAAAUGAUGCCUGGAGCUGUUACACCUCUGACCAUGAGUAUCUUUGUGAGAGCCAUUGAAUAUGCAUUACAGGAAUUAUCCAUGAAAGCUGGAGGAAUUAGCUGCUUUUCGCCUUAUAACCACAAGUACUUGGGCAUCUGUUGUUCCCACUUGUUUAUGAAUCUAAUGAGCAUGAAUGCCAACAUGGAACAGAACAACCUAAUCACUAGCAAGAAGACGAAUGACUUUGAACUGCUAGGAAGGGUGCUGAAUGAAUUAUCAUUACAUGAUAUUGUCCUAAUUUAUGGGAAAUCACCUUUAUGGAAGAGAGUUGUCAAUGCAAUUACAUUUCUACGGUACUUGCAAACUGCGGGGUCACAGGCAAAUAUUUUAAUGAAGAAGUUGACGACUUACCAGAUUCAACCUGCAAGCAACGCGCAAGAGUAUUACCACAACAUAGAUGUGCAACUUUGCGACUAUUUUCAGGCCUGGGCUACAUCAGUGGCAAAAUCAAGUAGUUCUGGAAUGUGGAAUGCACUUCUUGUGUCAGUUUUGUCAGGAGGAAUUACAGAAUGGACUUCUGAGCUUUUAGCAGAUGUUGCCAUAUUGUACAGCACCUGUUCAGACAUUGUGUCUGCUGAUAUUCCAGUAUGUGUGGAGGCAAUCGCUGAAGCCAUUCGAGCCCAAAGAAAAAGUACGGAGUUUCUCAAACUGGAUUCAGAGGCAGCAAUCUCUUGGCUGCUGUCUCAGGAGAGUGGUGAAACUGGUGAGAAAUUCCAGAAUUUUCUACAGAAGCAUGGCUUCCGCUGCCUCAGAGAAGCUGAACUGCAUGAAAAAUCAUGGAGGAAUGAUCCAAAAAAAUUACUACCAGCAAUCCAGGCAACUUUGCAGAGUUCCAAGCCAGCUGUUAAAAAAGCAGUGUGGUGUCCAGAGGAAGCUAUUGGUUCCUUGAAGUCUAAAGUUACAUGGAUUGGAAAGAUCAUGCUGCGCUUGUUGCUGCCAAAGGCAAGGAAGGCUGUUGCUGAUAGAGAACUAAUGAAGGCCGAAGCGAUUAAAAUGAAUGAUAUCUUUAAGACUGCCUAUUGGAAGCUGGCCAACCUUAUGGUACUGGAGGGUUAUUUGCCAGAUGAGGAUUUGCUGUUCUUCUUUACACAUUCUGAAAUUGGACAAGUUUUUCAGCAGAGAUCAGCAACAAUGAUCACCAGAGCCCAGCUUCGAAGAAAAUUACUGCGGAAACAAUUGGAUCUUCGGUUUAAGGAAAUGAACAUCAGUAAACCUCAGCCGAUUGAACAAGGCCAAAGUGAGGCAACCAGAGGAAAGAUCACACUGAAAGGUAUGACGGUGAGCCAGGGGUUUGUGAAGGGGACAGCUCGUGUUGUGAAAAGCAUUCUGGAGGCUGCCUGCAUCCACGAAGGGGAUAUUUUAAUUACAACAAGCACAGACAUAGGCUGGAGCCCAUACUUCCCUCUGCUCAAAGGGAUGGUCACUGAAAUCGGAGGACUGCUAUCACAUGGUGCUGUGGUUGCACGAGAAUAUGGGAUGCCCUGUAUUGUAAGCUGUAGAAAUGCAACAAGUCUGCUUGCAUCAGGUAAUACUGUGAUUCUUAAUGGAACAAAGGGAACUGUGCAGAAAAUUGAUGAGAACUAAGAAGCUGGCACUCCGCAAGUAAAUGGAAACAGGAAAACACAAACCAAGGGGAAAUGUGUGCACUCUAUAACUAACCUGCCGAUAUCAACACGCCCGACAGAUACAUACUAUAUUAUAUUAAUUUUAUUAUUGAGAAGCUUGAAAACUAAAGGCUCAUGGAAUUCUCUGCAUCAACUCUGCAAUAGACACACCAGACCCAACAUUUGUAUUUGUUACAAACCAUGAGAACAACUGUUUUGGAGCCAAACAUUAUUGUGGGUGUUGUACUGAUGUCCUGACUAUUACGCCUCGCUGUUCUUCUUGCUAAACUGUUCCAAACUGAUUAGAAUCCAGAUAACCUAACAACUAUGUGGAAAAUUACACAUUAUGUCCUAUUUAUAUACCUUGUUAUGUGCAAUUAGAGAUGGACAAUAUCUAUAUAAUUAAAACUCAAAUCUUGACCACU